CUUCAAGGCAUCUAUAUAAAAUGCUCUCGUGAGAUGAGACAAAGAACAGCAGAGCACAGAGGGUUGCUCAGGAGCCAGGAAGCCUUCUGGGUGGGAUCAAGCCAAGAUGAAUCUCCCCCUACUUCUGGCUCUUCUGUUUGGGGCAGCUUCAGCUCUCCACCUGAGGACAGAUCUGUCCAAUGUUGAGAACCACUUGGGAGAUGAGACUCUGCCUCAAGAUAGAGAGAUGUCUGAAAAUGAAGCAAAGGAGGCCUCUGUGGGGGAAUUAAUGCAGCUGGAGGGGGGAGAGGAGGAUGGUUCUGGCAGCGAAGAUGCCCCUGUUGAAGAAGGAGCUCUGGAAGAGGAAGACAAGGACUUUCAGUGUCCAAAGGAGGAGGACACAGCACAACUGGAGGGGAAUCCUGGGUGCAAAACCUACCGUCUUCUCCUGAUCCGACGUGCCAUGGAUUUUAAUCAAGCUCAGCUUACUUGCCGGAGAUGCUACCGGGGCAACCUUGCUUCUGUCCACAACUACAGUACUAAUUACCGGAUCCAUUGUUCAGUCCGUGGGCUCAACCAAGGCCAAGUCUGGAUUGGGGGCUAUAUCUCAAGAUGGGGAAACAAAAGAUGCUUUCACUGGAUUGAUGGUAGUUCCUGGAACUUUGGCUACUGGGCUUCUGGUCAACCCUCAGCAGGUGGUGGCAGAUGUGUGACCCUAUGUACCCGAGGAGGCCACUGGCGGCUAGCAAAUUGCGCAAGACAACUCCCCUUCGUCUGCUCCUAUUGAGCGGGACUCAGCCACAACUUCAGAACAACUUCCUCCUGAACAUCUACUCCCUUACCCCUGCCUCCUGCCCUGCCUCUAUUCCCCAGCAAUAAAAUUGUUUUCUUGAAACUGU